AUGGAAGACGAAAGACUCUCCGAAUCUAGCUCCAAUAUACCGUUGCCGAUCGCUACGCCGCCUUUGGAAGGACGUGAUUUAAAAUACAUAGACCCGUUGACUUUAGUACACGAUGAUGAUCGUGAGAGUGAAACUACUAUACAAAGUACAAAAGCGAUUCAAAAUAUUGGCCAUCCGUCUAGAAAUAGGUCAUCUGGUAAGGCUGCUAUAGCAAAUACUUACCACCAAGAGAAAUCGCUAUCAAAUUAUGAAUCCAGUCAAUAUGAAAGUUCUAGAGCGGAAUCAGACGACACAUUAUCAAAGGAGGGAGAAUCUAAUCAUGCAGAUCGUGCCCCUUCGAGAUCUCAAUCCAUAACGCCUACGUCUGAAGAUCCGCAAAUUGAUUUUGAUGCUUAUGGUGAAAAUACUUCUUUAAUCAACGAACAAAUAUCAAAGUUUUGGAUGAGCUUUGUUCCUGGAAGUACAAGACCUCGUCAAAAAACACAAAACUAUUCAUUCGAAAUGAUAGUUGCAGCUAAAGCAGAAGAUCAUUACGACAGAGCUCAAGUACUAUUGGAUGAAGGCAUUCCUGGAGCGGCAAUUGUUCUAUUAAAUAAAUCUAUUAUGUUGCAUCCCAGUUGUUGUAAAUAUUAUCGACUCCGAGGAAGUGCUUACAUGGAGAUCUGUGAUUUUAAGUCUGCUGUUGCAAAUUACAAGAAAGUAUGUGCGAUGGAACCAGAUGAUAAAAAUAGUUGGGAUCGUUUAGCUCUGAUGCACUACUUCCUUGGUCAGAGCCUCUUUGAUUGUAAAUUGCAUGCUGAAGCUCUAGAAGCGUUCACACGGGCUGCUGAAAUUUGUCCACAGAUCGAAAGCUACCAUACAAGAACAUUAGCAACUCUAGCUGCGUUGAACCGACACAGUGAAUGCUUGGCACUAAUCAACAAUAGGAUGGAAGUGAACAACGAUAACCCAGACUUAUUCAUCAUGCGUGCUAGAAUACACGAUAUGUUUCGAAAUACUUCGUUGUGUUAUUACGACGUUGCAAGCGCGCUGGAACUUGAUCCGGAUCAUGAAGAAGCAAACAAAAUGAUGCGAAAUAUUCAAUUUAGAGCCAAUGAUUUGAAAAAAAGGGCAGUCGAAUUUAAGCUCGCUGGUAAAGAUAAAGAAUCAUUAGAUAAAAUUAACAGUGCUAUCGAAACAUUUCCUGCAUCCGCUGAUUUUCAUCUAUUCUCUGGAGCCUUGCAUCGGAAUCGUAAAGAUUUCAAUUCUGCCAUAGAUGAAUAUAUUUUAGCCAUGGAUAAAACUGAUCAUAACGAAGAAGAUCCUAUCUUUAUUGCAGCUAACCGCGAGCUAAUACUGACCUAUAAUGAUUUUGCGGUCCAAUGUUUUCAUAAAGGUUUUUAUAAUGAAGCAAUAAUAUUGCUCAAUAAGGCUAUAAAAGUAGAAAAGAAUGAGAAAGGAUUCUAUAUUAAUCGUGGAGAUUGUUUUUACCGGACGGGCGAGCUUCAUUUUGCUUUAGCUGAUUUUAAUCAAGCCAUGGAAUUAGACGAGAAUGACUGGUCUGUACGGACAAGGAUAUCAGUUAUUCACAACGAAUUUGCAAUUUUAGAAUAUUAUGAUCGCCAGUACGAAGCGGCUGUGAAUCGCUUGACUGUAGCUAUCAACAAUAAUCCUAAAAUUGCUCAAUACUACAUAUCACGAUCGAGAGCUCGUUAUUUAGUCGAUGACUUUAAUGGAGCAAGAUUGGAUGUUCUUAUUGCUCUACACUUAGAGCCUAACAGCCAAAAUGUUAUCACAAUUAUGUCUCGGCUAUUUCCUGGACAAAGUGUUAAUGAGAUAUUGCAAUCGCUUGAAGGUAGGAAAGCGUUAGAACAACUCAAAUUAAAUAUCAUGAAAGCAGCUACGCCAAGGCAAAGAUUGGAAUUGCCAGAGAUUGUCCCUAAUAAGAUUAACAAGGAAGAAAAGGAAGAUGAUAAGUUAAAGACUAGAGAUACUAUUGACCAAAUUCAAAAGCUUCAAAUUGAAGAUGAAGUAUCUGCCAAAGAUGAUAAUCACCUGGAUCUGACUCCCAGAGCUCGAGUUGGUUGUUUCCCUAAUUUACAAUAUUGCCUGGAAGAGAAGCACUUUCAUGCCGAUAUCAUAAAAUCAAAAAAGAAGAUUGAUAAUAAAGUGGAAAAGCUCUUAACCAGCCGUCCUAGCUUGCGUUCAAUCGAACCUAAAAUAAAACCAGUUCAUCAUGAGAUUGAUGUGCCGAAUACUGGUCCUAUUAUGCCUCGAAUUUGGGAAUAUGGUACGGCCAACGCAGUCGAAGCUAAAAAUCAGCCUAAAUCUUACAUGAGCAAAAGUAUCGAACAUUAUUCCUAA